AUGACCGUGAUAUAUCUACCCCCAUCGGCACCUUUCCCCGUCACGGUAACCGCCGUAUUAUGUCGUGUCGGUGACACAAUUCAGCGACACGCCCCUGUCAUAAAAUACAAGUACUGGGAUUAUCAGGAUGACCCAAAUUCUAAGGACGACCCACCGCCAAAAAUACGCGUGGAGAGAAUAGGAACAUUCGAGUCCCCCAUUGAGGGAGAAGUUACUGAAUUAUCCAUCGCCGUAAAUGAUGAGGUUGCCCAUUGUGAAGUGGAACUAUGCCAAAUCGAGGAGCCCUGCUCACACACUGUUCAAUAUGGUGGGCUCUGUGCACUUUGCGGAAAAGCGGUAGAAGACGAGAAAGACUACACGGGCUACAAUUACGAAGACAGGGCAACAAUUGCCAUGUCGCACGAUAACACAGGUCUUCGGAUCUCGUUGGACGAGGCAACGAAGAUCGAACAAAGCUCCACUGAACGUUUGGCUGCUGACAAGAAACUUAUCUUGGUUGUGGAUUUGGACCAGACAGUCAUCCAUGCGACUGUCGACCCUACGGUAGGCGAGUGGCAGCGAGACCCACAAAAUCCAAACUAUCCGUUUGUUAAAGACGUGCAACUUUUCAGCCUUGAAGAGGAACCCAUAGUUCCACCAGGUUGGGUUGGCCCGCGUCCACCGCCAACAAAAUGCUGGUAUUACGUCAAGUUGAGACCUGGACUCAAGGAAUUUUUGGCCGAAGUGUCGAAACUUUACGAGCUCCAUAUCUAUACCAUGGCUACUCGAAAUUAUGCACUUGCCAUUGCCUCCAUAAUAGAUCCAGAUGGAAAAUACUUUGGCGAUCGCAUUUUGAGUAGAGAUGAAAGCGGGCUGCUCACACACAAAAAUUUAAGGCGUCUCUUCCCCGUCGACCAGUCCAUGGUAGUUAUCAUUGAUGACAGAGGUGACGUGUGGCAAUGGGAAGCGAAUUUGAUUAAGGUGGUGCCAUAUGAUUUUUUCGUUGGUAUUGGAGAUAUCAAUCUGAGUUUCCUACCCAAGAAAAAUGGCCAGCUUGUGGGCCCGACGAAAAAACGUAAAACGAUUGCAAGAUUGGAAGCUAUGGAAGAAGCCGAAGAAUCGGAGAACGAGUUACGAGAAGAGUCUGCUACCCCUGAUAGAGCUGAUUCUGAACGAAGCGACGAUGCUCCUGAGUCUGAUGCUCCAGAUUCAGAUUCUGAGGGCUCGUCUCCAGUGGAAAGAAUUCUUGAAAUGGGAGGCGGCGAAAACAACCACGAACUUUUAAUUGAGCAACGGAUUACUCGAAGUCAAUCGAUAGAGCAGCAGCAACACGAAAGACCAUUGGCCAAGCUCCAGCAUAAUUUGGACAAAAUCAUUCAUGACCAUGAAACUCCAGCCCCUGAAUCUGAUGGGAAGGAAGAAGAAGAAGAUAACCUUUUAUAUGAUGACGAUAGCGAGCUCUCCACUUUACAAACAGCAUUGGAAAAAAUUCAUCAAGAGUACUACAAGCUCUACGCGAAAUACAAGCUGAACCCUGGCCUUCCUCGACCAGACUUGGCCACUAUCAUUCCACGUUUGAAAUCGCCGUGUCUUUCUGGUGUUGUUGUUUUAUUUUCAGGAAUUCUCCCUUUAGGAAUGAAUAUCGAUAAUGCUGAUAUUGUGAUCUGGUGCCGUCAAUUCGGAGUGAAAGUGGUGAAUGAGGUUUAUCCCGACGUGACGCAUGUUGUUUGUCGAGAUCCCGAGUCCUCGCUCAUGAAACCGGGACUCACACUCAAAGUACGUGUGGCCAAGAAAGUUCUUCCUGACUGCAAAAUCGUGAACCCUGAUUGGCUUUUUGCUUGUUUGAGCCUGUGGGGAAAAGUUGAUGAAAAGGAGUAUUUGAUCAAUGUUCCACUGCAAGACUGGUAUGUUUCGGAGCUGGACUUGGAAAAGUACAUGAAUUCACUUGAGACACUGAAACGGUCAGAGCAAACCCCUGCAUUGGAGAUGUCUAGCCGCGGGCGCGAGGGUUCACUUUCGUCGAUCGAGGAGUAUGAUUUCAACACCGCUAGUGCAGAAGUGGACGAUUUCUUGGCAGGAAUCAGUGAUGAUGACGACGAUGAUGACGAAGGAAAUGAUGAUGACGAUGACGAAGCAGACAUGAACGGAGAUGCAGAGCUAGAGGGGGAGAAAGCGCCUUCGGGAGGCAAAAGUACAUUUCUACAGAGCCUUUAUGCUGCUCCAUCGCGCAAAAGAAAAACGCUUGAUGAUGAUAGCGAUGAGGAGAUUGAGAGCAAGAAAAAGCCAAAAGAAGACAACUUUGAUGAGCUCGAACAGGAGCUCUUAGACGAAUUGAAUGAGCUUGAGGAGUAG